GCCUGUCAGAAUACGGGUGGGAAAACGUCUUCCUCCACGCGCGUGUUCAAUGUCACAUUACAGUGUUUGUGGAGGUAAAGAAAUGAAGUGACUUUGUGAUCUUCACACCGCUGUGUUCACCAUCAGGGUUCACCAUCAGGGUUCACCAUCAGCAGGUAGUGGUCCAUCAUGUCCCUGUGUGGAAACAGCAGGGUUCUCGUGCGGUCUGUGUGGGUUCUGUUAGCCCCGCCCACAGUGUGGCGCUCUCUCUCCACGUCAGCGUGUGUGUUCUCAGCGGGUGAGUGGAGGAGAACUUUGGUGGGUGGAUGCAGGGUGGAGCCGGUGUCUCGCUCCUCAGGGAGAACGUGCAGGAAUCUCUCGGCUGCCGCUGCCAACUUCCUUAAUCAGCUCCGCCCCCUGAGUCGCUACGACCCUCUGGAUCUGGGUGAGGUGGAGGAGAACACACGGAAGGCCCUCACCUGCAAACACCUACGGCGCUUCAUCAUCGACCCCGAGCUGGCACGCGUGGUCACGGAGCACCUCACACCUGACAUAGACGAGGGCAAGGCUGUCAUAUUCGAGUGCAACCCAGGACCGGGUGUGUUAACCCGCACACUGCUGAACUGUGGAGCUCACAGAGUGGUGGCGCUGGAGAGUGAUAAAUCCUUCCUCCCUGAGCUGCAGGAGUUGGAGUCUAAGUUGGAUGGACAGUUGCAGGUUGUUCACUGUGAUUUCUUUAAGCUGGAUCCCAUAGGUCAGGGCAGCAUGAAGCCUCCAGCCAUGUUCUCAGAGAAACUCUUCACCCAUCUUGGGAUCUCUGAGGUGCCAUGGACAGCAGACGUGCUGGUGAAGGUGGUGGGGAUUUUCUCUCAGAGGAACGAGAGGAACAUGUUAUGGAAACUUGUCUACGCUCUGUACGAACGCCUGUCUGUGUUCCGCUACGGGCGAGUGGAGCUCAUCAUGUUCAUCAGUGAGAGAGAGUACACUAAGCUGGCAGCGAGACCUGGAGAUUACAGGAACUAUCAGGCCCUGAGUGCUCUGUGGCAGAUGGCGUGUGAUAUUGAGCUGCUGCACCAGGAACCUUGGUCUUCUUUUGUUACAGCAUCAAAGCACGGAGGACCAGCAAUCCCCAAGAGCACUCAUGUUCCUAAUGAUCACCUGUGCUUGGUGAGGAUCACUCCUCGUGAAGAUUUCUUUUCCUCCUCCGUCACGCCCUUUAACAGCAGCACAUUGGUGAUGAUGGUCAAACAGUGUCUCAUUAAACGCCGCUGCAGACUCAUCGACAAGCUCAAUUCUUGGAGUUCAGGCAGCGGCACAAACGUCCUGCUACAGAUGGGUCUGUUUGAGGACGUGAUGACGGGACAGAUUUCACCGAGUGACUACAAACGUAUGUUCGAGCUGAUGGAGAAAUCAGAGGAGUUCAGGCAGAGCUGGCUUUAUGAUGAGAUCCUGGAGAACACCAAAAAUACAGGCUGUGGAUAAAACUGAUAAAACACACUCACACACACACACACUCUCUCACACACACUCUCUCUCACACACACACACACACACACACACACUCUCUCACACACAUACACUCACACAUACACACACACUCUCUCUCACACACACACACUCUCUCACACACAUACAUUCACACAUACAUACACACACACACACUCACUCUCACACACACACACACACACUGUUGAUUUAUUAUAACUUACAGUAUAAUUAUAAGGUAAAUAUAUGAAUUAAAUUGAAGGUUAUUAUUCAGUUUCAUCUCAUUUAUAUGAAACGGCACUGAACGUUUUACUGAAGUGUAAAAUAAUGUUAAUGUGAAAACCUUCAGUAAUGAAAUUUAAAAACUUUUAAAACCAGCAUCAGCAGCACUGUAGUAUACUUUAUAACUAAUCCAUCAGAUUAGCAUGAUGUUAAUCUGCAUGUCUGAACUGAGUGAUUUAAUCUGUAAUAAUGAUGUUUUCUGGAUUUGUCUUUAUUUAUUUAUAUAUUUUUUGAAUGUCAGCCUUUUUUUGUGCCCGAACUCAUAUAAAAUUUAUAUAAAAUAAAUAUAAUAAUGCAGAGAU